GCUGGGUUCAGUCCCCAGUGUCCUGCAGCCGGGCCGGGCUCGGGGCGGCUGCAGCUCAGACUGGCUCCUGCCAUGGCCAAGAGGAGCUCGCUGUUCAUACGGAUCGUGGAAGGGAAACACUUGCCAGCUAAGGACAUCACGGGCAGCAGUGACCCUUACUGCAUCGUGAAAAUCGACAAUGAAGCUAUCAUCAGGACAGCCACGGUCUGGAAGACGCUAUCCCCAUUCUGGGGGGAGGAAUAUGAGGUACAUCUGCCGCCCACCUUCCACAGCGUCUCCUUUUACGUGAUGGAUGAAGAUGCGCUCAGCCGCGAUGAUGUUAUCGGGAAAGUCUGUGUCACUCGAGACGUGCUGACUGCGCAUCCGAAGGGCUACAGUGGCUGGCUGAACCUGACCGAAAUCGAUCCCGAUGAGGAGGUGCAGGGGGAAAUCCACCUCCAGAUCGAGAUCCUGGGCAGUGAUGCAGCGAGGAAGCUGCGCUGCAGCGUGUUUGAAGCCAGAGAUUUGGCUCGGAAAGACCGGAACGGCGCUUCCGAUCCCUUUGUCAGAGUUCGCUACAACAGCAAGACCCAGGAGAGCUCGGUGGUCAAGAAAUCCUGCUACCCCCGCUGGAACGAGACCUUUGAGUUUGACCUGGACGAGUCAGCCACAGAGAAGCUCUGCAUUGAAGUGUGGGACUGGGAUCUCGUCAGCAGGAAUGACUUCCUGGGGAAGGUGGUGUUUAAUAUCCAGGGGUCACAGACCAUUCAGCAAGAGGAAGGAUGGUUCAGGCUGAGGCCAGAUAAAUCCAAGCCCAGAGUGGAUGAAGGCAACCUGGGCUCCCUGCAGCUGCAGGUGAGGCUUCGAGAUGAGACGGUGCUGCCAGGCAGUUACUACCAGCCUCUGGUCCAGCUGCUGUGCCAAGAAGUAAAAGCAGGGCCCAAGCAGGAUGGGAAGCUUCGUUUAAUCACCCUGAUUGACGAAACCACGACGGCGGAGUGCAGGCAGGAAGUGGCCAUCAACCUCAUCAAGCUCUUCCUAGGCCAAGGCUUGGCCAAAGAGUUCCUGGAUCUCCUUUUCAAGCUGGAGCUGGAUAAAACGGAUGAGCCAAACACGUUAUUCCGGAGCAACUCCCUGGCCUCGAAGUCGAUGGAAUCCUUUCUGAAGGUGACAGGGAUGCAGUAUUUGCACAGUGUCCUGGGGCCGACAGUGAAUCGAGUCUUUGACGAGAAGAAGUACAUCGAGCUGGAUCCCAGCAAGGUGGAGAUUAAAGAGGUCGGGUGCUCCGGGCUCCAUCGGAUCCAGACAGAGAGCGAGGUGAUCCAGCAGAGCACCCAGCACCUGCAGUCCUACCUGACCGACCUGCUCAUCACUAUUGCUAAGUCGGUGAGGACGUGUCCCGCCACCAUCCGUGCCACCUUCAGGCAGCUCUUCAAGCGGGUCGAGGAGCACUUCCCAGAGAACAAACACAAGAACGUGAAAUUCAUUGCCGUCACCAGCUUCCUCUGCCUGCGCUUCUUCUCUCCUGCCAUCAUGUCCCCCAAGCUCUUCCACCUGCGGGAGAAGCAUGCGGAUGCCCGCACCAGUCGGACCCUGCUGCUCCUAGCCAAGGCUAUCCAGACCGUGGGGAACAUGGACGCUGCCGCCAGCCGGGCCAAGGAAGGCUGGAUGGCCCCUCUACAGCCCACCAUCCAGCAGAGCAUCUCCCAGAUGAAGGAGUUCAUCACCAGGCUCAUAGACAUCAAGGAGAAGGAAGAGGUGGACCAGCCAAAGGCGCAGACACUGGUUGUGAAGGAGGGGCCGUUAUUCAUCCACAGGGGCAAAGGCAAAGGGCCGCUGCUGUCAUCUUCCUUUAAGAAACUCCACUUCUCGUUGACGAGUGAGGCCCUCAGCUUUGCCAAGACGCCCAGCUCCAAGAAAAGCUCCUUCAUCAGCCUGUCCAACAUCCGGGCAGCCGAGAAGGUGGAGGAGAAAAGCUUUGGCAGCUCCCACGUGAUGCAGAUCAUCUACGCUGAUGAGGCAGGGCAGCUGGAGAUGGCCUAUCUGCAGUGCAAGUGCGUCAAUGAGCUGAACCAGUGGCUCUCGGCCCUGAGGAAAGUCUGCGUUAACAACGCCGAGAUGCUGGGCUCCUAUCACCCGGGAGUGUUCAAAGGAGACAAAUGGAGCUGCUGCCACCAAAAGGAGAAAACAGGUUUGGGAUGUGAUAAAACCCGGCACGGAGUCACUCUGCAGGAAUGGAAUGACCCCCUGGAUCCAGAUCUAGAGGCUCAAUUAACUUUUAGACACCUGUUUGGAGUGAGGGAGUUAAUGAGGGAAAAGUAUCUGGAGAUGAUGACAGAGAAAAAUGAAAACCUUCUUCUACGCCAAAGUGGAGACCCCGAAAAUGUGGACGGCCCCACAAGGCUAUUCCAGGUGCUGCAGGACCUCGAAGACGCCCAUCACACAGCUGUCUUCAGCUCAGGCACCCUAGUUGACGGGGACAGAAACUGCCUCCUGGAGCUGCAGACGUGACUCCUGGAGUGAGCCACUCCGUCGGGGCGAUGCCGCUGCCUCUCAUUCUGCUCACUUGGUCCUGCUGCAUCCAUCAGAGCUGCCAACACUAGACAUCUUUUCAAUGGGAACUCCCUCGACACCGUGUGCUCUCGCCAUCACCCCACUGCUCAAAAAGCCAUGUCAUGGACUUCUGCCAGCUUAGCGUGUCUCCAUUAGCGACCAACUUGUCAAUGACCCUCUUGUGCUCUCACUAAUCCCCAGAGCGGCAUGGGCGCCUGUGCUGUAUCCAGAAGGUAGUGCAGAAGGUUUCAUGUCUCUCCACUAUUAUUUUUACCUUUCAGUCAAGAUCCAGCUGUUUUGUCAAGCCUGGUCUGAUGUGAAAUCGUAGUUCCUCAGUUCAACCUUAUAUAUGAGCUGCUUCACCCUGUGGGUUUGAGACACCAAGGUCAAAAUGACUCGGUGGAGCACUGAAGCCAGUAAUAAUGCACAGGCUGAUGCAUCCACAGAAGAGGAGGCGGAAUCUGUUAGGGCAGGGGACUGGGAGUCAGGUGGCCUGGAUUCCAUACACUCUUCUGCCACUGACCCACAGUAUGAGAUGGAGCAGGUCAUUUGACCCUGGUGUGUUCCUCAGUUUCCCCAUCUCUGAAAUAGGGAUGAUGAGACUUCCCCUCCUUUGUUAAAGUGCUUUGCCAUCCUCUGAUGAAAAGUGCAAUGGAGGAGUGAAGUAUCCGUUAACUGGAGAUGCUGGCUGACGCCUGGAAUUUUAUAACCAUCGUCACUGAGCAGCACAUCCAUCUGUCUCACUGGGUUGUAGCUGAGGUAAAGGAAUGCAGAUUCAGCUUAUUGAAUGAACAUGGACAAGUCUUGAGUCAGCACCUCAGACCCCAUUGCAUGGUGUGUGGUUACUGCUGGCUGCUCAGUGACCAUUCCACACCUUGGGGAAGAAGAGAUGGGGAAGUGGUUUGUUAGAGCAGGUGAUUCUGAGCCAGGCCUCCUGGUUCUAUUCCCACCUCUCCCCACCCUGGGUAAAUUGCUGUUUUUUAGAAGCAUUUGGCAUUCACCCACAAGGGUCAGUGGGAGCUGGAGGGGCUCAGCACCUCUGAAAGCCAGGGCCUUGACCUCUGCAUCCGUUUUCUGAUCUGUAAUUGCGGAUAAUAUAUAUUAGGCUAAACCAAGUUCUCAGUUGCAAUCCCAUUGGCAGUCACCAAAGGCAGACUUUCACUCCCCAUGCCUAUUUCCCAGGGGUCUUGCAAAGCUUGCUUACCUGUCAAGUGGUUCUUGAUCCCAGGAAAUGCAAAAUACUCUCUGUAUAAUGGCUUCCUGUCUGAAAAGUGCUUUCACAUCCCUGGCAAAAGGUGCUAUAGAGAUGCAGGCUGGCCACUACCACCUGUGCUGUAUUUCAGGCCCAGGUAAAUGGAUGCUCUGAAACUAUUGAGCAGGUGGCCUGGCUCUUACUUGGUGUCCUGCACUAACUAAAGCGCUGGUUAUAAACAGUCUGGUUCAUGGCCAUUUGAGUGUCAGAACAGUGCACCUGCUGGAUCACUGGACCCUCCAUUGAACUGAACGGAAAAUGCCGUAGGUUAGACCUGCUGUUCUGUGCAAUAUUAUCAUUUAGUGCAGCAUAUGGAGUCAGCACAAUCCAGCAGCCUGGUGGAGAGACCCAAAUAGCCAUCCAUUUGCCCCAGAAAAUGUGUCCCUUUGGCAGUUGAUCAAGUACAGGCAGGGACAUGACUGGUGUGUUCAUUGCAGAGGUGGCUUACACCUGAUCAGGGCUAUGUGACCUAAAGCAAUAGACUCCAGAGGAGACCAGUGUCAAAGGGAGUAACCAGGGCAUAUGCCUUCCCAGCCACUGUACAGAAUCAAUGCUAGAGAAAUCUCUGUGUAUUUGAAUGUACAAUAAACACGUCUUUUACCAUGA